UAACUUCUGUCGAAAGCGACUUCAAUUUCCAUCAAUCAUUCAAUCUAGAGCAUAAAGCUUUCCCGAGACUGCACGUUCUAGUGCGGCCUGGGACUAAUAAUGUAGCUCGAGAUAAAGCGGCUAAGGCUGUCGGUCUCCCUUCUUUAGCUAACGGUGAUGCGGACGGGGAAGCUCAGCAAGCUCCCCACCGCUGCCACUACCACUUUUUUCACUAUUAAAUGCGGCUAGCAGGAGAGGGUCUCUAAAUACAUACAGUACUUGAGCCCGCCGCAUAUCGCAGUUCCGAGGCCAUUUCUAUGCGAAGCGCGGCCAGCAUUCAACUUUUGUCGUUGUCCUUGAACACUAGUGGCGCGCCCUGGUACUCAUCUCGAAAGCCAAGUUUAGGUAGCGGCGGUCAUCAUGAACUCGGCCAACGCCUCGACCGGCGCUGGGAAGAACGCAAAACGCAAAUACGAAGCACACGAUCUGAGCGACCGCAAUUCUAUCACGACUACAGAGGAUGCUGGGAAGCGACCGAGAACAAUUGGGCCAUCACUGCCUCCUCCGCCUGCGGACAAGUCUGCUAGUGAAGAUGGAAAUGACAGUGAAAGCAGCGAUGAUAGUGAUGACAUAGGACCAAGCCUGCCGCCACCUGGCGGCACUGAGUCUGGACGUGCUGGUCCUAGCCGUGAUAAUGAUGAAGCAGCCAAGAAUCGUGCAAUUGAACAACAGGCUUCUCCUCCAGUCUCCAUUCAAAAUCAACGCGAUGACUGGAUGCUCGCACCACCAGACCAAGGGGACUGGACUUCGCGCGUGGACCCGACGAAACUACGUAAUCGCAAGUUCAACACGGGUAGAAGUGCUGGAGGCGCACCCUCGUCUGGCAAGUCGAGUAGUCUAUGGACAGAAACGCCGGAACAAAAGAGGAAGCGUUUGGAGAACGAGGUCAUGGGCAUCCAGCAACCCGCACCCGGUGCCCCGAGGGAGCCCAGCGGCAACAAAUCUGCAUCUGAUAAACUCAUGGAAAAGCGUCUGCAAUCAUAUAGUGACAAGUCGCAGCGCAAGGCUCUGUAUAAAGAACACCAGGAGACGUCUAAUCCGGCUAAAGAGCAAGACGAUCCAAGUGCUCGUCCAUUUGAUAGAGAGAAAGACAUCGCUGGUCCAGGGACUAUAAGUUCCGCGAAACGCAGAGAAAUAAUUAAUAAGUCAUCGGACUAUACCUCUCGCUUUUCGAGGGGUAAAUUCCUUUAAUUUUAUACCCAGGGGAAAUAUUAUGGUUUUCUGUAUGGGUACUCUUGUUAUUUGUACUAUUUGUACCCAGUUUGAGAUUCGGUUACUUGGUCUUGGGGACUGUACACUUACGCUUACGCCCAAGAUAAUCACAGAAGUAUCAGUACCAAAUGAUUUGGUCUCAUGCUACUCACGAUGUAUCAUAAAGAAGGGGGACAUAGUAUCAUACCAUUGUUGAUCAUUCGAACACGAAUUCCAGGAUAGACAGUACACUUCGCUCUACGGAACGCAGCUUAAGGCGGCGGUGAGCAUCAGAGCAUAGCUUCACCCAAACCGCUGAAGGUCGCUCUCGCAUAUUAAAUGUAUUUGAUAUUUCAAGAUCUAUUAUUCUAAGUGAUUCGGUGGCAUCUAUUUCUGGACACAAUAUGGAUUUAUUUCUGGC